UCGAGAUGAAAAGAUGCAGCCGUAUAAAUCGCACUGGAAUUGAGCGAUCGCAGUUAUUGACUCGUCUCAAUUGUCGCAGCGAUGAAGUGGUUUUCGAUUUUGUUUGCGCUACUGGCGCUCAUUUUCUUCGUCGAAUUUGGAUAUGCUCGAACAAUUCCCAGGAUUACCAUUCGCAAUGGCGACAUUAUAGUUCAUGGCAAUUGCAAUGACUGCACGGCACGCGCCACCAAAAACUCGGCUCACUUAUCAAUCAAAUUUACUCGAAGAUGGUAAAUGUAUUUAUAAAUAAAUUACCUCAAACUUGCCAUAUUAAAACAAAAAACAAAAACUAAUUUAAACUACUAAGUAUUAGCUUGUGUGCAUAAAAUAAAAAGAAGUAACUAUUAUGCU